UCUCAAACUGGAAAUACGUGUGUCGGGAAAGGUAAUUCUGAUUUGUCUCACAUUUUUAACAUGGCGGUGAAUCUGACAGAGCUUUCUCUUCCUCAGUUGGAGGGACUAAAGACUCAACUUGAGCAGGUAACAGAGGGAUCUUGAAUCUUAGUUGAAGUGUAAAGUCAUUCUGGGGACAUUAUUUUCUACUUGCCCAAGUGUUUGCUUGUGCCAGCCAUGCCAUCUGAGUAACUAGCUAUCUACGUUACCGGUUGGCAGAAGAUUCUGAUCCGACCAUUACACUUGUUUACACCGAGCUGAUGCAAUUAUGGUUACAAUGAGGCUGUGUCUACACUUGACAGUUCAUGCAGCUUUCGUAUUCUGAUCAUGGAAUUCCGAACAGGUCAUGCGUCUACACCUACAUUUAAAUGUCUAUGGUGUCCGGAUUCCCUUUUUCCCGCUCUAGUUUAUAUUAAAAUGCUUGUAUGCAUUCUGCAAACGGUGAAACAGGCGAAGUCUGAUAACACAACAACAACUUGAUGGCAGUAGCCAACUACUGUAGUUAACUAGCCAACUAACCUCUGGCCCGUAGCCCACAAAUAAUAACUAACACUUAAGCAUGAUUUUGCGGCAAUCGAUGCCACGCAGGUCUACGGGCCAGAAGGUUGAGGAUUCGCCGACCACCACAGACGAGCUAACUCCAUGCCGCUUUCAUUACCUCACGAUCAGAGCCAGUUGCAGACAAUGAUCAGAUCAGCUAGGAGAAAUCAAAUGUUCAACAUUUUGAUGCCAUAAUUAUAUAAAAUAUAUGCAACACAUUUUCUACCAACAGGUUUCAGUGCAAAUGCACCACACAACCAAUAAACAAAACAUACCGACUUCGGACACUUCAAUAUCUUGGUUUGCGUUUUCAACACCACAAUAAAUAGACUGUCAAUCUCGACAAACAAAAAACACAUCCCUCCCUACCUUGUAGGCUUACCCAGUAUCAAACGCUUGGUUUGACAAUCUCCGAAUUGUCAUUAAACUUUUUGGUGUUUUGUAACAGAUGUCUCUUUCCAUUCAUCAAAUUGCGCUGCACAGUUUGGAUUGAUAGGUUGUUGGAUUUAAUUUGUCAGUAAAAAAAAUAAUUUAAGUGACCAGGAUUGCAUAUUAAAGUCGGACUUAUUUCCAUUGUGGUCCCUACAUUUGCUGUAGCAUAUGUUACAAUAAUAUAAGGACUAAAGUACACAUCUCCAUCUGGCUUUCAGGGAUCACCUAAUUUAUUUUUUGUAAAGAUGAUUAUUUUUCUCUGCUGAAUAUUGUUGCUUUAAGUCAGUGAGCACUCUGUCAUAGUCUUUCUAUAUCCAUAAAUUGCAUCCAAAAUAGAUAAUCCUGUUCAAAAUCUAGAUGUAUACAGUGCCCUGAAAAAGUAUUUGUCCCCAUUCUGUUUUUCUAAAUUUUUACAUAUUUUUGAUACUUUAUGUUAUCGGGUCUUCAACCAAAACCUAAUAUUAGAUAAAGGGAACCUGAGUUUACGAAUGACAAAAAAAUGGAUAAUUAUUUUAUUUAAUUAACAAAGUUAUGCAACACCUAAUGCCCCUGUGUGAAAAAGUAAUUGCCCCCUUACACUGGUUGUGCCACCUUUAGCUGAAAUGACUGCAACCAAAUGCUUCCUGUAGUUGUUGAUCAGUCUCUCACAUCGCUGUGGAGGAAUUUUGUCACACUUGCAUGCAGAACUGCUGUACCUCAGCGACAUUUGUUUGUUUUCAAGCAUGAACUGCUUGUUUCAAGUCCUGCCACAACAUCUCAAUUGGGAUUAGGUCUGGACUUUGACUAGGCCAUUCCAAAACUUCAAAUGUGUUGCUUUUUAACCAUUUUCAUGUAGACUUGAUUGUGUGUUUUGGAUCAUUGUCUUGCUGCAUGACCCAGCUGUGCUUCAGCUCACAGACGGAUGGCCUGACAUUCUCCUGUAGAAUUCUCAGAUACAGAGCAGAAUUCAUGGUUCCUUCUGUUAAGGCAAGUCGUCCAGGUCCUGAGGCAGCAAAGCAUCCCCAAACCAUCACACUACCACCACCAUGCUUGACCGUUGGUAUGAGGUUCUUACUGUGGAAUGCAGUGUUUGGUUUUUGCCAGACAUAAUGGGACCCAUCUCGUCCAAAACGUUGACUCCAGUUUGCCAAAAAGCACCUGGAUGAUCAUCAAGACUCUUGGAAGAAUGUUCAUUGGACAGAUGAGUCAAAAGUACAACUUUUUGGACGACAUGGGUCCCAUUAUGACUGGUGUGGCCACACCACACCAAACCUUCACAAAAGUUAGUAAACCUUAUCAGGGUAAUAUCAAAAGUAAGUCAAGCCAUUGUUUAUAGGGAAAAUAUGAUCAGGCUAUUAUAUUGCGGCAAACACAGCAUUACAGUUUAAACUUAAUUUAGCCAAAGAAAAUGGCUCAACAGAAUGAAAUAAAACACUUGCAAACUGGUUUACAACAGACUAAAUACGGAGUACACAAUUAAAAAGACAGCUUGAAUUUAAUUUAGCUAAUGAAAAUAUCUCAACCGAAUUAAACAAAACAGGUUUUGCAUAUUUAAACUGAUUUCAUUAAUAAAUAGGCUUAUAGUGAUAUACAAUAAUAAUAAUAAUUAUUAUUAUUAUAAAGUACCAAAAUUGCAUCCUACCUGAAUAGGGAGUUGCACAGUAGCCUGCAUUUGGCCAUGCUAACAUUCUUCUCAUCUUAGCCCACUACAAUAUUAAAACGUAUUAAAUUCCCCUUGUAGGCUUUUCACUAUAAGCAUACUCUUUUUCCUCAAAUUUUUGUUUUACUUCAAUGAAAAAGGCCUCCAUCUUCACAAUCAACAGUAGCCUCCUCUGUUGCUCUCUCUCUCCUCAGCAGCAGGCACACGUGUGCGCAAGGCAUGAGAGAAUGAUGCUGAAGCGCGAAUUCGGGGUGUUGGUAGCCUAGUGGCAAGUAGCCUAGUGGUUAAGAACAUUGAAUCCCAGACUGGACUAGGUGAACAAAUCUGUCUGUGCCCUUGAGCAAGGCACCUAACCCUAAUAGCUCCUGUAAGUCGCUCUGGAUAAGAGCGUCUGCUAAAUGAUUAAAACAUAAAAUAUAGACUAUGCUAGACGACAGCCUCUCCUGGACAAUUUCGCCCACUGCAAUUUUAUUUAUUGGCUUUUCAUUUUUUUAUCGUCCAAAAGCCGCAAUUACCGGCUAAGGGAAGCCCCGGCGCAUUUUCCUAUCAGAGUUAUGUUUCCAUCAAAUUGACUUGUUGCAGAUAAGUUUGUCUGUAAAUACUUAGUGCACAUAAAAAUAACUUUUGAGGUUAAAUUCCCAUGGGUUUCCAUCGCAUUUUCAACUCUAGGCCUACGGAUGGUUUUGUGACAAAUGUUUCGUAGGUAUACGAAAUGUGCCCACUCUGGUAUUGGCAUGUGCGCUCUAGCCAACAGCUUGCAGAUACAUUGCAGGUAUAGCCUACUAUAUGAUGAGAUAAUUAUGGACAGAAGUGCGAGACUAUUUUUAUUGUCAAAUGGCAGCCAAGCAUCGAUCAUUAUGUCACCAGAAUAAGACCCUAGAAAUCUAUUGAAAGGAGCAUCAACCUAAUCACUGUGCACUUUCCCAUGAUGCCAUGACAUUUUUUAUCUGACAUAUAGGCUACUUUACUCGCAUAAAAAGUUUGGAUGGAGACCUGGUUAAUGUCAAGCCAUUUUAGAUGAACGUGCGCAUGCCUACAGGAAACUUUAGAAGUAGCCUAAUCCGAAUUAAAUCAUUGUGACUGGUUGUGUUUAUGCCACAUAUUAAAGGUAAUACAUUUUAAAAGUGAAACGAUAAAUACAGUAUUUAGGCUAUAUUGAAGCGUUUGGUUCUAGGUGCGUGAGGAAUAGCUGCUCGGAUUGGAGAGGAGGCAGAGCAUGUUAAGCUUUCCUGAAUAACUGGGCCUGCCGGGAGCAUAUGUGGCCACAUUAUUAUACAGUAGGACGACUUGGGAGAAUGAUCUGAUCUGAAACAGACAGCACGUUCAGUAUCAGAAGUAAAAAUACAGCCAGACUGGCCUUUCUAGACCUUAUAAACUGUCGAGAGUAGACCCAAAUCGAAUGAAACAUUCAAAUCACAGGGCUUUUGCACCGUUAUUCAAAUGGCAUUUUCACUUCAGCCUAUAGUAGUAGAAUUUUGUACUCACUUAAUAAAAAUAAUGCAAUUAUUCAUUGCAUUGUGGUGUUGUAGGAUAAUUGUAUUGUCCCUAAACAAGAUCAAUAGGGGAGCUUUUUGAGCUGUGUGUUUAAUGUCUUCACUGUUUUUUCAUGAGCAAUGAUGCACCUGGCCUCUCCACUGCAUAUCAGCUAUUCCUAUUUGUUCUUGUCGAUUCAUAUUGAAAAUCGAUGCAGCUUUGAAUGCUUUUAUGUGUGGUAUGAUUGCUAGUUAGCCUAUUGCAGAUCUGGACAAACGAUCCACCUACCACUUUUGUCACUGAAUUGUGGAUAAAGGGUAGGCUAUACUGACCUGUGGUAUAGUAAAAGUUAGCACACGGAAAAGCGUAGCGCAUAAGGGAAGUACCAAAACACCUUGAUAUAGGGGAGGCGCAUGCAAGCAGGUGAGGAAAUGUGGCUAGCAUGGAAGAAAUUGUAUAGUAAAACCUGCAAAAGAGUCCAUGUUAACCAGGAAAAAAACGCAAUACCCUCCCCUGUGCCCAAUAAAAAAAACACACAAUCCUCCCCAAAGCAAAAAAUUACGUUUGACAACCCUCCCCUAUUUUGGACCACCCCUCCCCCCAGUAAAUUGCUAUCUGUCCCUAACUAGCCAGCAAGCUAGCUAGCAAAGUUAAAAGGGAUUGCAAAUAGCUACUUUUGUGCAUCUAGACCUGUCUUUUCAAUGUGAUCUUCGUAUUCUGAUAGCAGAAGUCGCAUGCAAGUGUCAAGUGUAGACAGCCUAAGACACCGUGGAGCCUGUGCGAGAUAUGGGUGGGAAAACGUACCUCAAUGCAGGGAUGGGAUACCUUUUCCAACCCAUAUCUAGCGCCUGCUCCACGGUGUCUUAAUGUAACCAUGAUUGCGUUCUGACCCCAGUGCAGCUGAAAUCCAUACUUUUUCAAUAAAUGUUAAUCAAAUACAACCACCGACUGUUUGCUGGUUUCUGUUUCUCUAAGAUGGCGACUCAGUGCGCAUGUGCCAAUUUAAAUCUCCGAUGCCAUCUUCGAGAAACAGAAACAAGCAAACAGUCAAUGAAUACACAAAUGUUCUUGGCAAUACUUUCUUCGUUCUUGAUUCGGGGGAAAAAAAAGUAUCUUAUAAAUAUCCUGUCCAGUUGGAGGUGGUUCUACAAAAAACAGAGAAAAUUCAGAAAGAUAUUGAAUCCAUGUCGCUUAGAAACGACUAGUUCCUGCAAAGAUGCUGGGAAAUGCUUGCGCGGUUCAAACCACGGAUUUAAUAUCUUUACGAAUGUUCUUUGUUUUUUGUAGAACCACCUGCAACCGGACACUGCCAUUUUUUAAGAUACACAUUUUUUCCCGAAUCGAGAAUGAAGAAAGUAUUGCCAAGAACAGGUAAGUUGAAAAGUUCCUUGCUACACUUUACAGUAGCUAAGCCGUAACGCUGUAUGGAGCUAUCACGUUACAAUUUUGUAGCUAAAUGCUAAGAUGUUUUGGAAUGCUGUCUAGUGUCCAUUCAUGCUCAGUUUCUUUCCUACAUGAUCUCAUGUAGCUAGCGUCCCCAUGUUCAAGUUUUAUUAGUCGUAUGUACGGGAUACGCAUGUUAUACUGUACAUCGUCCAACGAAAUGCUUACUUGUAGGUUCCUUCUCAACAAUGCAACGACAAUAAAAAAUAUAUAAAAUAUCAGAAUUACGAACAUAAAGUAAAUGGCAGUAGAAUAUAAUAAUGUUGCUCCUUUAUUUCAGGCCAAUAUUGAUAUAAGCAAUCAAAUCAAAUCGAAUCAAAUUUUAUUUGUCACAUACACGUGUUUAGCAGAUGUUAUUGUGGGUGUAGCGAAAUGCUUGUGCUUCUAGCUCCGACAGUGCAGUAAUAUCUAACAAGUAAUAUCUAACAAUUUCACAACAUAUACCCAAUACACACAAAUCUAAGUAAGGAAUGGAAUGAAGAAUAUAUACAGAUAUGGACGAGCAAUGACAGAGCGGCAUGGACUAAGAUACAGUAGAACAUUAUAGAAUACAGUAUAUACAUAUGAGAUGAGUAAUGCAAGAUAUGUAAACAUUAUUAAAGUGACUAGUGUUCCAUUUCUUAAAGUGGCCAAUGAUUUCUAUAGGCAGCAGCAGCCUCUAAUGUGCUAGUGAUGGCUAUUUAACAGUCUGAUGGCCUUGAGAUAGAAGCUGUUUUUCAGUCUCUCUGUCCCAGCUUUGAUGCACCUGUACUGAACUCGCCUUCUGGAUGAUUGCGGGUUGAACAGGCAGUGGCUCGGGUGGUUGAUGUCCUUGAUUAUCUUUUUGGCCUUCCGGUGACAUGCAAUAUGUUUGGGCCAGGUGUACUUAGUUCUUUACUUCCUCAAUGGUCAUGAAUGAAAUUACUGCAAAUAAUGUGUCUGGAAUGUCUAAAUUGCAUCAUCUGAUUCUUUCUUCCAUGUUUUGCAGGAGACAGAGUUUUUGACCUCAUCUAUAGGUCAGCUCAAAGUUGUCCAGACUAAAUAUGUAGAAGCUAAGGACAGUUUGAGUGUCCUCAACAAAAACAAUGCAGGUGAGCUGCUCAACCUACACUGGCAAACAUGGUUAAUGCUUUGUAUGCAUCCUAUGUUUUGUUCAGUUUUUGUUUUGUAUGGAAGCUUUUACAGAUACUGAAAUAAAUUGAUUGAAAUUAUCUUUGAUGAAGAUCUCACCCCACAUUGGUGUUUGAAGGUAUGACACACUCAAUAGAUAAUUUACAUUUGACCUUUUCUUUUAGGAAAAGAAUUGCUGGUGCCCCUCACAAGCUCUGUAUCCUUAUGUUACUGAUCGGAGAUGCCAAAAUAAUAAAACAUUUAUUUUUUUACUUUUGUCUACUGAAAGUCUCCUAGUCUACAAACAUACCAGCAAUCUCAUUUUCUCACAUUCAACACACUUGAUUAUUCUAAUUUGAGAUUGAUUGAAGGUGCAUUGUUAAAUACAGUAUUUAAAACAUGUAAAUGAGACCACAGCACCUUCUCUGCCAUUAUAUUGUAGCGACCUUAACCCAAUACCUAACGACCUCGUCAAGAGGUCAGACCUUUUGGUGUAACAGUUAAGGUGUUCCGGUCGGGGCUACCCCCCGAAUUCGCUACAUUGGUGGGAUGGUGCCUGUGAGGCAAUCGGAGAAGCAUGUACACGUGAAGGACUUGGUAUGGAGAAGAGUGGGGACAUGCUCUCCCGAAGGAAGGGGGUAGUGUAGCGACCUUAACCCAACACCUAUAAUACCUCGUCAAGAGGUUCGGACCUCUUGGCGUAACGGUUAAGCUGUUGGCUUGACAGUCACUGGACCCGAGUUCGCUACAAUAUAUUCAGUAUGCAUUUAUUAAUAGUGUUGUUGUUGGAAGUUUCCUGUUGUCCUUUUAACAUCACUUGCUAUUAGAUGUAUGUCCCUGGAACACUUAAUGACGUGGAACAUGUCUUAGUGGAUGUGGGGACAGGAUACUACGUUGAAAAGGUGGGCAGAAAAGCAAUUAACAAAUUGCUAAUACCCUUCAUUGUACAGUCGACACUUAAGUGCACUUUGGGUAAGUAAUCUGUUUUCCAGUCCCAAUUCGAUUAUUUUUUUAUUGCUCCGGCUGGGCAAGGAUAUCUUCUAAUUUAGUGUACGCUGACAUGACCCAAUCCUUUGCAUUUAUCAGGGUCGUGUUCAUGAAGGCACACUGUAGCAAUGGAAAAAGGAAAACAAUUUCUUAUUGGGCACAUUCUGAAAGAUCGUUCCUACAAAUUUCACUCGGUUUUUGGCCAGGAGUCAGUCGACUGUAUUUUGUUCAACUCUGCUGUUCCAUGUACAUUUAUUUGCUUGUUAAUACAACUAUUUGGAAAUCUGUCUUUGUAUAAUAUGAGUUUGUAAGCCUCAUUUGAAAUAUCUCUGCAGAAUGUCAAUGACACAAAAGAGUUUUUCAAGCGCAAAAUAGACUUCCUCACCAAGCAGAUAGAGAAGGUUCAGCCGGCUCUGCAGGAGAAACAUGGCAUGAAACAAGGUAACACACAAAUACAUACAAGUUUGUAAUAUUUGUAUUAUAAGUAUUUAACUUAAAUGCAAUAGAACCUAUUUUGCUCAUCCCUUCCUAUCUGUAUUUUUUGUUCUGUCUUCUAGCUGUUAUUGAGGUGAUGAAUAUUAAGAUCCAACAGCUUCAGAGUCAACAGGCUUCACAGUUGGGGACCACCAAAGCCUAACCAGGUGAAGAUGGGGCUUACACCAGUCUGCUUGGGUGCUUCAUGAUGGGGGUUUUGAGUUAUUGAAAACAAAUUCUGCAUGAACUGUUAAUGGGUUGAGCUGAGGUAAAAGUGGGCGAAAGACAAGAAUGUACUACAAAUUUGUGUCAACAGUACAAUGGUGAAGGGCAGCCAAGUUAGUGUUUUAACAAAUACUCCUUUAAAAUGUGAGUCAUAUCUGGAUUCAGUUUAAAUUCAGUAGCCAGAUUUCAGAAAUAUAACUGAGAUGUAGGCAUUUAUUUGUGUCCCAGUUAUGUUCUGUGUAGUGAUUUUGAAGCUUGUGUUGCUAUAGCAAUGUUGAAUUUGACUAAAAUAGGCUCCUCUUGUCACUCAGAUUAUCAUUUGUGAUGACAUGAAAUCUGCAACAGAUGUUUUGAAUGAAGGGAGAACAUGUUAGUGCCCUCAUAUUACACCGUUUGUGUCUUUCAGAUUUUGCUCAAUGACUAUGGUUUAUUGAAACAUGAAACAUUGUAUCUUUUACUUUUUGUUCAAAUCCACAGAUAAAAAAAUAAUAAAAUACAUUUUAAAAACUACG